AUGCUGCGCGUGAUGACCCUCCUGCCGCCGCUGCCGCUGACGGUGGCGUUCGUCGUUGUGAAGCCCCUCCCCCUAAACAUGUUCGUGUUGAGCCUCGUGCUGAUGCUGUCGCCGUCGGUGGCGACCACCAUCAUGCAGAACUCCCUGAACACGUUCAUGAUGUGCAUCGUUCUGCCGCUGCUGCCGAUGGUGGCGACCCUCUGCACGGAGCACCUCUGCCUGAACCCGUUCGUGAUGAGCCUCGUGCCGCUGCUGCCGCCGACGGUGGCGACCAUCCUCCUCAAGAACUUCUGCCCGAACAUGCUCCUGAUGCGCCUCGGGUGGAUGCUGCCGCCGAUGGUGGCGACCACCAGCAUGAAGAAUUUCUGCAUGAACCCGUUCACGAUGAGCACGACGAUACAUGGGAGGCCUCAACGUGCGACUCGGGGGAGUUCGCAUAUUCCAGUGGCCUCGUCGUGGCCGCUCCUCCUGUCGCUGCGGCCGACGGUGGCGCUCAUCUGCAAGAUGUGCCGCUGCCUGAGCCCGCUCGUGGUGUGCAUCGUGCUGCCGCUGACGCUGACGGUGGCGGCCAUAUGCCUCAAGAGCUCCUGCCUGAGCCCGCUCGUGAUGAGCUUUCUGCAGCAGCUGCCGCCGCCGGUGGCAACCAUCUGCUUCCAGAACGCAUGCCUGAACCCGCUCGCGGUGAACUUCGUGUCGACGCUGCCGCUGCUGAAGGCGACCAUUUGCGUCAAGAGCUCCAGCAUGAACCUCGUCGUGACGUCCAUCGUGCUGCCGCUGUCCCCGACGGGCUUCUGCAUGAACCUGAUCGUGAUGACCUUCGUGCUGCCGCUGCCCUCGACGGUGGCGAACAUCUGCGCGAAGAACGUCGUCCUGAACACGCUCGCGUGGAGCCGCUGGCAGCCGCCGCCGCCGAUGGUGGCGACCAUCUGCCUCAAGAGCGCCUCCCUGCCCAUCUACACGAAGAUCUUCUGCAUGCCCGCCCAGAGUGGGCUGUCCCUGGUGCUCCGUUCUUGCUACGAUCGGACAUCAUCCAGCUCAGUGGAUGCAGCUGGUCGCACCGCGGUCUCGCAGACGAGCUGGUAUGCACCGCCGCGGAGCUCCAGGCUGCCGCCGACGGUGGCGACCACCAGUAUGAAGAACUACUGCCUGAACCCGUUCAUGAUGAGGCCGACAGUGGCGAUCAUCUGCAAGAUGUGCCUCUGCCUGAGCCCGCUCGUGGUGUGCAUCGUGCUGCCGCUGACGCUGACGGUGGCGAUCAUCUGCUUCAAGAGCUUCUGCCUGAGCUCGUUCGCGACGAGCUGCCUGCUGCCGCUGCUGCCGCCGGUGGCAACCACCUUCUUCAAGAACUUCUGCCUGAACCCGUUCGUGAUGAGCCUCGUGCCGACGCCGCCGCUGCUGGUGGCGACCAUCUGCGUCAAGAGCUUCAGCCUGAACCUCAUCGCGAUGACCAUCGCGCUGCCGCCGUCCCCGACGGGCCCCCGCAUGAACCUGAUCGUGCUGACCGUCGCGCUGCCGCUGCCCCCGACGGUGGCGACCAUCUGCAUGAAAAUCAUCGACCUGAAUCCGUUCGCGUGGAGCCGCUGGCAGCCGCCGCCGCCGACGGUGGCGACCACGGAUGGGCCGCCCCCGGUGCCCCGUGUCCGCGUCGAGCCGAUAUUCUCCGCCUCCGCUGCUGCAGCGCGGCCCUUGCUGGGCUGGCAGAGUCCCUGGUGGAUCCCGACGCCGCCCUCCAUGAUGCUACACGUUCUGAGGCCCCGCGUGACUGCAGGCCCGUCGGAGUGGCUAGCCCCGCGCCCCCUGUCUCGCUCACCCCGCCUCUUCUGCCUCCCAUCCCCGCAUUUCCCACAUUUCAGCUCGCGCGCGAAUACACAUCCGCUCUCCGCGCGUCGGGCCCCGCGCCCCCUGCAGCGCGUGGGUUGCCUGUGCGCCUGA